CCGAGGCCUCAGUCUAUCAGUCUCAUUUCAAGCAACUCUGAUGACAUGCUUGCUAUUUGACCCUUAUUUGAAGGCACGGAUUGCAUCUGCCUCAACUCUGGCAGUCAUGUUGGAUGGACCUUCUUCAGUUUUUUUGCAGGUAGCAGAAUACAAGGAACCUUCAAAAUCUGUAUCUUUCACAGCACUUUCAAUUUCCUUGGGGCAUAUCUUGAUGCAGUUGCAUCCAGGUAUUCUUUACUUGAUUCAAUGGGAAAUCCAUGGUAGAUUGCUGGUGUCCUUGUUCAAAAUUCUCAUGCUUUUGAUAUCAUCCACACUAUAUUCAAGAAUGACUGCUGAACUGUUGCCAACAGUUAUAACAUCUAUACAAAAAAGGAUUGAAGUCGGUUUCCUAUAA